CGCCGAGGCCGGGACCCCGCGCCCCACGCCCCGCGCCAGUCCCGGCAGCUGCUCCGUUGGGCUUUCUUCCGGAGGUGCCAGUGCUGGUUCCAGCCCGGACCACCGCUUUGUCGCAUUCUCCGCGCGGUGAUCGGCUCCGGAUUCCCGGGCUCGGCCCCGCGCGCCCUGAGCACAGCCCCCGGAAGUGCGCGCCGGCGGCGCCUUGAAGAGUUUGAGAAGCCAAACGCGGCCAACCAAGUUUCAGAACUUCUACCGCCUGACACCAUCACCAGGGAUGAACCGUUCUUACCAGAUACUCCUCUGCUCCUGACAGCACACCUCUCCCCAGGGAGCUAAGGGAGGAGAGCCAUUGGCCCAGCUGCAGCAUCUCCAGGAGCCUCCUCUGGAUGCCACGUCGAGGCUGCCCUUACACCGCAGCUCGGAGCCGGUGAUCCUGGGAGCCUGGACAUGGCUUUGCUCAGCAACAUCCUAGCGACCUACUCCUUUGUCUCAGAGAACCCAGAGCGAGCAGCUCUGUACUUUGUCUGUGGCGUGUGUGUCGGGCUGGUCCUCACCCUGGCUGCCUUGGUGAUGAGGAUCUCGUGCCACACAGACUGUCAGCGGCAUCCCCGGAAGAAGGUCCUGCAGGAGCCGGAGAGCAGCAGUGACAGCAGCGACAGCGAGGAUGGCAGCUUGGACACGGCGUCCGACCUGUCAGUCAGGAGACACCGCCGCUUCGAGAGGACUUUGAACAAGAACGUCUUCACGUCAGCGGAGGAGCUGCAGCGCGCCCAGAGGUUGGAGGAGCGGGAACGCAUCAUCAGGGAGAUCUGGAUGAACAUCCAUGCUGAAGGCCCCUGCGCCAGGAGCCUGAACCGCUACUACUAGGGCAGAGCAGCGAGCCGGGGAAGGUCCGCGGUCGACGCGGUUCUGCACCCAUGGCCUAGACGCGCAGCACACACUUGUGCUCCUGCCCGCAGCACAGGUUCCUCCGGGCAACUAAAUUGGUGCAAAGUAUUAAAACCGCGUCUACUCACCUACGUUUCAGGGCUUGGAAUGGUGCUGAGAAUCCCUCUCCAACAAUGUGGAUGGAGAUUAGAGAAACGGGACUGAUGUUUCUCUUGAUUCCUGAGGAUCUCAGAAAUUUCUGCGAACUUCAUUGCUAUGUGUUAUUCCUUUACAAAGGAAAGAUUAUCAUAGCAUGAGGGCUCAGAAUACCAGGGUGGAGUUAACCCAGGAAAUGACUCCAUGCUGUGGAGGUGAUUCAGACCCAGAGAGCAUGACCCAUGUGUAUUAUUUAAGGCUGAUUUUUUUAAAACUUGUGUUGCAGUGGUAACCUUAUCCAUUUUAACUGGCACCUCAGGGAUAAAAAUCCUAUUUUUUAGUAUAAUCCCCACCUCAUUCAUGAAAAUGAAUAGAAUUAAUGUAUUAUGGGAGAUGUGUCAGUGAACUAGAAAAUGUCAAUAACCUUAAAGGAUGAUCGUUUUAUUUUAAAUAGGCUAUAAAGUAUACAUUAACAUGCAGAUUUGAAAAUCCUGUGUAAGAAUUACAGCUGUGUUUUCCCCCCUUUUGGAGAGAAGAAAAUUUUGUUAUGAUGCUAGAUAAUCGCAAUUUUAAAUAUUUUGUUAAAAAAAAUUUGGAUUUCUAAGAAAAGAAUCAGAAUGGGAGGUGAAAAUAAAAUUCAAAUUAGGAUGGGAUAAGAAAUAAAUGUUACAUAAAAUCUU